CGUCCCCUCCCCUCGCUUCUUCCCUCAGCCGCCGGCCGCCAUGUUGUGCUAGUUUUGUUCUCGGCGGUGGCGCCGACCGAUAACCCUCCUCCGCGGUCGCUCCGAGCAGGAGGGUUGUUCGCCGCGGGCCCUCGCCAGGCCGGGCGCCAUGGCAGCCGCUUUGGGAGGAGGCGGAGGAGGCGCAGAUGAUGAUUUUGAUCAGUUUGAUAAGCCUGGUGCAGAAAGAUCUUGGAGGAGGAGAGCUGGAGAUGAUGACUGGGACAGUGAACUAGAUGAUGAUUUACUGGGAGAAGAUUUACUGACUGGCAAAAAGACUCAGUCAGAUAUGUCUGACGAAGAACUGAAUGAUGAUCUCCUGCAGAGUGACAAUGAAGAGGAUCAGCGUUUCAGUACUCAGGAUGUGGCUGUUGGUCUUAAUUCGGCAUCUGGCAUGGUUACAUCCUUCGAGCUCUCGGAGGAAGCUAAUGAUCCAUCCAUUGAGCAAGAUUUGGAAUAUGAACAAGGGGAGGAGGAAUUGGUUUAUGACAAAUCGGAUGUGCCUGAAGAAUAUGCUGAAGAAUAUACAGAAGAAGAGACGUAUGAAGGCCCAGAGGCAGAACUAACAGAAGACCACAUAGAAUAUGGUGAAGAUCAGGGAGAAGAAGAGAUUUAUAAUGAUGAAGUGCUAGAUCUUGAAAUCAAUGAGCCGCUAGAUGAAUUUCCAGAUGAAGAUUACAUGCAGUCCUAUGGUGAGCAGCAGGGAAUGGAAGAGCAAGAAUAUGUAGCUGAAGAAGAACUGGAAGAAGUUGCUGACAGCCAGACACCUCCAAAUGAAUCGGAAGAGGCAGUUAUAGAAAAUCUGGAGCUUCAAGAGGAACCCAAAGAAGAGUCUGAUGAAGAAGAUGAUGACGAUGAAGAAUCUGGUCGAUUACGCUUCAAAACUGAACGGAAGGAAGGAACCAUCAUUAGGCUAUCAGAUGUCACCAGAGAACGAAGAAACAUUCCAGAAACCUUGGAACUUUCUGCAGAAGCCAAAGCGGCAUUACUUGAAUUCGAAGAGAGGGAACGGCAGCUGAAGCAGGGGCGCUACGGCUCGAGAAGAGGAGGAAGGCGAGGAGGGCCUUUCAUGUAUCAUGGCAUGGGAGAACAAAGAAGAGACAAUGAUCGGGGCCGGCUGAAGGAUCAUCGGCCUGCGCUGCUGGCAACCCAGCCAACUGUUACGUCUCAUUCACAAAGGAUGUUCCCUCAUCAGCAACCCAUUAGGAAUCUGUUCCAGCAACAGCAGCAGCAGCCGCCACAGAUGCAGGGUCUGCUGCCUCUCCCCCCCCAGCAUCAUACGGCACCGCCUCCCCCUCAAGGCAUGCAUAUGCCCCCACAGUUAGAAACAUCAAGAAUACUGAUGACUCCUCCUCCUCCAGUGACCUCUCAGCAGCCAAAGAACAUACACAUUAACCCACACUUCAAAGGAACUGUAGUAACUCCCGUGCAAGUGCCCCUGCUGCCAGUCCCAACCCAGCCGAGACCUGCUGUCGGACCCCAGAGAUUUCCCGGGCCUCCUGAUUUUCAGCAGAACCCUCCUGGACCUGUCCCUACCAACUUCAGUCAAGCCCCCAGACUCUCCCUUCAGGAUCCGUGGCGAGGACCACCACCGCCUCCCCCACCGAUUCCACCCCCACCUCCACAGGACAGAGAGCCCUUCUUUAUGGGAGAGCCAAGGUUUCCCAGCCAUCACUUAUUUGAGCAACGGAGUCCACCACCGCCACCACCACCGCCUCCUCUUCUCAACAGCAGCCACCCUGUUCCUGGUCAGAAUCCGCUCCCUUUCAGUCAACCUGGACCAGGCUUCAGUCAGCAAGGGCAGCAACCCGUCUUUCCCAGAGAGAGGUUGGUCAGGCCAAACAUGCAGCCUCAAGGCCACGUGGGAGUUCUUCACUUCAACCAGCCAGGUGCAGGGAAUGCAGGGAGACCAUUCCUUCCUCCCAGGCAGCCGUUCCUGCAGGCCCCAGGGCAGCCCUUUUUGGCAGUUCACACCCAGCCCAACAUUCAGGGUCCCUUGCACCCUCCUCUGCAGCCGCAGCAUCAGCAACAUCCGCAGCCUCAGCCGCCUCCGCAACAUCCUCAGCCGCAUCACCCGCACCAGCAGCAGCACCAUCUUCUGGCUGUGCCUCCCCAGCCUCUGAUUCCUGUCGCCCCCUCCCAGUUCAGACCUCAUAUGCAGACUUUGCAGCAGCAAAGCAGCAGUCGGAUGCCGUGUCAGCAAAGGCCGGGUCUGAUAAAGGCCAGACAUAAUGCCCCAAUGCAGAAUGUUGUAAAGCGUCCAAAUCAGCAACUCCAGUCAGGUGCUCCAAGGAACAGCAACUUGCGCGAAUUGCCGAUAGCGCCGCUGCACGCAAUAGAGGCUGCCAACCGCCGAACCUCAGCACCUGCUGCUCAAGUGAAACCCCUUACCAGCACCUCUCCUGUUCCCAGGCCUGCUGCAGGGAUCAAGAACCAGCAGCAGGGAAGAUCCGAGAUGAAACCUCGAGCUCCUGCCCCAGUGGCUCAGCCUAAAGCGGAGGACAAACCUGAGCCAGAGUUUCCCGACGAAGAUGAAGAAACCAGGCUCUACCGCUUGAAGAUAGAAGAGCAGAAACAGCUGAGAGAAGAGAUCCUAAGACAGAAAGAGUUCAGGCGGCAGCUUCAGGCUGGAGCUCGAAAGAGAGAAUUGUUGGAAAGGCUGGCUCAGCAGCAACAGCAGCAGCAACAGUCUUCUUCUACGCAUCAGGAGGAGGAGGAAGCGUCGCAGUUGCCCACCAACGGAAACCCUUUGCUUCCCCUUCCCAUUGCACAGCCCCGCCAAAAUGUGAAACACAGGCUGAUGGUUAAAAAGCCGGACCCAGUAGUUCCAAAUCCCUCUGCCGUUCAGCCUAAGCCCACAAACAUUCUUCAGGCUGGGGAUAGCAUGCAAUUUCAAGGACAGCAAAUAAAAACUGUAAAGCAGCUAAGACAGACUAGGACAGUGCCAGAAAAUGAGCUGCAGCUACCACAUAAAGGGUUGACCACAAAAGCGACGGCGGCGCAUUUGAACCCAUCUCAGAUUGCCCGGGUGGCAACGGUACAAGGCCAGCCUCAGGACCUGAAGCCUGGGGUGAAAAGAACUGUCAUGCAGCGGGCAAACAGUGGUAGUGGAGAUGGGCCCCAUGUCGGCACCAAAGUCAGGGUGAUUAAAUUGUCAGGAGGGGGUGGUGAGAACGUUGGCCUUUCUCACCCAGAGGGGGCUCCCUACCGGCUCCAGCAGCCACUAGAGCAGAGGCAUCAGCCGGUGCGAAAAGUCACAUUGACGAAGGGAACAAUCCAACAACCGCAUCAGCCCCAUCCGCACCAGCUGGCACAGAUUCACUCAGCAGUUCCCCAGGGGCUGAAAAACAUCCAGAGGAUUCAUCAAGCUAAAAAGGUCAUUAUGCACGGGAGAGGCAGAGGCAUUGCGGGCCUGAUGGGCCGAGGCCGCUUGAUGCCGAAUAAACAGAACCUGCGAGUGGUCGAGUGCAAACCUCAGCCCUGCGUGGUGUCAGUUGAAGGCCUGUCUUCGUCAACCACAGAUGUCCAACUGAAAAACCUGCUGAUGUCGGUAGGACCCGUUCAGAGUUUACAGAUGCUUCCUGAACAGCGAAAGGCCAUUGCAAAAUUUAAAGAACCUGCUGACGCUUUAAAAUUUCAACAGAAGUUUCACAGGCACAUGAUAGAUUUGUCCCACAUCAACGUGGCACUGAUAGUGGAGUGACCUGAAGUGGAAUGGAGGUGACUGGUCCGUUCGCUACGGGUGGCCUGCUCUAGAGGAAGCCCUUAGGGCAGGAUCUCCCCCAGCAGUCUGAUUCCAGCUUUGCAGAAUCCUAUUUAACCUUCAGACUACUUUGUGACACUGCGGACCGUAAAGGAAGCCAAAAGUACAAGGCUCAACAAAUGGGGUUUUAAUCUUGGCUUCAUUUUGUACUAUUGUAAACCUGUGGAAACUAUGGGGGCCUGUGCCCGGGAGCACCACACAGCGCGCGUAGAGCUCAAGAGACGUCCUGUGUGAUCAGUGACUCGCACUGAAAGAACACUAACUCUGCAAACGUUUUUUAAAAAAUAUGUUUAUUCAUAGCAAAGAAUAUUUGAUAAUGGUUGCUCUUAUCUUCAGUAAGGGGUAUUGAAAUGAGAAUGCACCUACACCUAUCUUUAAUAGCUAAGCAGGUAUAUCAUAUAUAGAAUAAGGUAUGGGGUACAUAAAUGGUUGGUAGUUGGCCAAGGGAUGUCGAAGCUAACACUUGGAAGUUCUUAUUCCUGCUUGGUUAAAUGCUACAUAUGCAGCCUCUGCAGCAUAGACUCCAUUAUAUUCUCUCAGCCUUCUUUCCUCUCUGGUGCUUUCUUACAGGAAUAACCCAGCCAAUUUCCUCUCUUUCCAUAACAAGUAACUUGUAUUUUGCUGUCCUGGAGGCUCUGAGACAUGCCUCUUUGCAUUCGUUUAUGUGUCUUACAUUACUUUGAAAGGGGCUUACGAAAUGCAUGGGGGGAGGAGAAAGCUCUUAAGCAUUCCCAUUUAUUAUAAUGCUAACCAAAGCCCACAAGCAAGAUCCGUUCCUAACAGCCUGUUGCAAAUUGUCCUACUGGUACCCACUUUGCUCCCAGCAAUUCAUUACUUUGAUUUCCAUCUUUUUUUUCUUUUUGAAAUGUACUCUUUACGUCUUUUAAUUUGCUGCGAAGCCUGCAUAAAUGGCAGAGGCUGUUGAACUGCAUUGUAGUGUUCCCCCUCUGAGGUGAAAUGAGGAAAAUGCUUGUUUCCUGGAGACAUGGAGCUGUUCCAGAAAUUAUGCACAGAUUAUGUACAGGAUGGCGAUAGCGGGGGAAAAAACCCCUUCUCACUGUCUCCUCCUGUUGUUCCCAAAGGGAAGGCAAUUUUUUGGUAUCUAGAACUGCUUUGCAUCCAGCUAAUGGGGGUCUUUCAUAGUUCAUUCUCUAAAUACUGCGUCAGUUGAAAUAGGCACCCAUCAGAAUUGUGGAUACUCAGAAAGACUGAGUAUAAGAUAAGAAUCAGUUAUUAGAAAGUGACUCUCUAAAAAUUUAACGGAAGGCUAAAACUUUUUAAAAAAAUGUCAGCCCGGGGAAAAAAGUAGUCAGCUGAAGAAUGUUGUGUGGGAGUCUCAGACUCCACAGAAUAUAACGUUUAAAUCCCCAGUUGAGUUGCCGUUAAGGCCAAGCUGUCAAUAUUGGACAAAGCCUUUUAGGUAAUAUUGCCUGCUUACAGGAAUAGCUUAGUCGUCAAUAAAAGUAUGAUUGUUUUAAAGAUAUUUUUUAACAUACAGCUUGUAAACAUGAUCUCAUGGAGUGCGCAGGCUUGAACAUGCCACGGAGGUGAGUUUUGUCCUUGAUCCGUUCACUUAUGCUUGUGGAGGCACCAGAAAUCCUGGGUUCUGAUGGAUCGUCCGUUUUCCUCUGCUCAGGAAUGUUUCCAGGAGUAAAAUGGAAAUUUUGAUCAGCAUACCAAUGCCACGCAUAAUUAAUGAGACUGUGCUAGCCUUCGAGGUAGCUUGGUUCUUUCGCGGACACUAAAUCUUUUGUUGCAUUUAGAUUCGGGUUGCAAAGUUUAAAUGUGUUGCUGUAUUGUUCAGCAACCCCUUUUCUGUAGUAAAUAGCUUGGGCAAACUCAUGAUGUCCCUACAGAGGAUUGGACAAAUGAGGCGAACCACAGGGAUUGCAAGCAGCUUUCAGGAUCUGGGCUUAGUAGUAGACAGGGGGACUGUGUUGGUUUAGCCGGGUUUUUAAAGCAGAAGAUACUCCAUGAUGGGGGAGGAAUGCAGUGGCACCUGAACAAUUAGUCCAGUCCAGUUCAGGACAUUACAAGGAAAUACUUGUGCUUUUUCAAUUAUUUAGGGUUUUGAAAUGCUGUGCGAAAAUAGCUGAGGCACUUCUGUAUAGGUAGUGUAGACAUCAUGGACUGACUCUAUAUGUCCGUGGUGGCAAAUCUAUGGCACUCCAGAUGUUCAAGGACUAAAAUUCUCAUCAGCCCCUGCCAGUAUGGCCAAUUGGCCAUGCUGGCAGGGGCUGAUGGGAAUUGUAGUCCAUGAACAUCUGGAGUGCCAUAGGUUCGCCAUCCCUGCUCUAUGUUAUGGAGAAUAUGGUGUGCUCAUAGAUAGGUAUUCACGUAGAUAGGUAUUUUGUAUGUUCACAACUUUCAACUGGGAUUUUUCGGUUUAGAUUAUGGGAAAGGAGAGUCCCCCGCAUGCUUGUGAUUCUUCCCCUCCGUAGCUGGCGGAAGGAAUCCCAUGCGCUGGGUGGCAGGCACCCAGCGGCUGAGUUUAAAUAAUCACUGAGAUAUUUGUAAUGGGAUACCUGGACUCGUGCUAACUUAGCUGUAAGAUUUGUUAGCCGGAUCAGGGUGUGGCUCUUCUCAGUAUGAGGUACCUUCUGUAAAAAAGACAAAGUAGGACCCCCCCAACCCCCCAUGCAACACGACACAAUUUUUGCAGAAGAUCUGUUGCAACCAUUAUCUUGUUCUUUCUGUAUCAUGCAUUUAAACGAAGAUGCAAAAUGCAAGAAUCGCAUUUUGUGUAUUAUGUAAAUAUUGGACUUUUGGACAGACUUUCAAUGAAGAUAUUCAAAGUGCUUCUGGUUCAAUCACAUCAAGAAUCUUGGAGAGGGAGGGGUCAAGUUGGUUGUGUUGUCUUAUCAAAGCUUAAUGGACACAGUUCCAUAAAUGUUAAAUUUUUUUGGUGUAAUUCAACUUUUUUAUAAAGAUGCUAGUAAGUCACUA